AUGUCGGCCAACGAUACUCAAUUCUUCAAGAAAUCCUUGAGAUCUGAAUACUGGAUCAACUUCAAUGUCGACAAAAAGUUCAGUCUUGCCGGUGUUGAUGGACCCGAGCUCGAUAAUAAGGAAAGGGAACUGGUCCGUACGUGGGCAUCGACCAAGGAUGCCACCAAGAUACCAGCCCAAGCCCAACCUUCAUCUCUUUACCGUCCCAUACUCGACCCUUUCGAGAUCCGCGUGCUCGAGAUCUUGCCAGGCACUGGCGCCGACAAGUUACGUGGCCGUCUCCGUCACUGCUCACUCGAACUCAAGGCAAGCUUUGCUCUCGCUGUCGAUGGAUCUGCAGCGCCAAUGGUGUACACGGCGCUCAGCUAUACAUGGGGCCCAAAUGUGUUCGAUGAGACAAUUGAGUGCGAAGGUCACGUCAAGAAUAUCACAAAGUCCCUCGCGCUUGCUUUGAGGGCUUUUCGGCAAGAACACUCCUCGGUGGUGAUGUGGAUUGACCAGAUCUGCAUCAAUCAAGACGACAAUGAAGAGAAGGCACAGCAGAUACCCCUGAUGUCGAGGAUCUACCAGAAUGCGAUGAACACCGUCAUCUGGUUGGGUGAAUCAACUUCGAAUUCUGCUUCCGCCAUAAAGCUGCUGGAAGACGUUAGGUUGCUUUUGCAGUUCACGGAGAAGACUAUCGGUCCGGAUGAUUUCGAGGGGCUAAAUCUUCCCUCCAAGGACUCGGAAGUUUGGGAAGCCUUCAAGAAUAAGAACGACCUGCGGCUGUAUGGUAUUUCAGUGGACACUAUUGCAAAAGUCAGUGCCACCUUCACGAAUCCAGAACUGAGUCUCGACGAUCCAACCACUGCCAACGAAGACUUGAAAGACAUGCGCUCCUUUGUCACAAAGCUAGAAGAGUAUCCAGGCAGUGGAACCGUCUUUUCUGCCUUCUGGCAGACCCUGGUCGCCGGAAAAGACGUGACCGAAAUGGCCAAGGCGCCGACGGCCUAUGAAGAGGUUAUAUCUCUUCUCCUCGACGAAUCCACAGGGCUGUCCCCGUCGCUCCCGGGACAAACGUACUCUGCACGACAGAGGCGGCCAGCAGGCAAGGGGAAGUUGGAGCUAGCAAAUCUCAAGACACGCACGGCAGGAAAGACGUUCCAGGAUGUGAGGACCUCAAUGGUGCAUGCGGUGCGGAAUCGUAGGCUGUGCUUCACUGAUAAGGGGUACUUGGGGCUGGUGCCGGAGACAAGCAAGGUGGGGGACGAGAUUCACAUUUUGGACGGUUGCCAUAUACCAUACCUUCUGAGAAAGGUUGAUAACAGGAGGCAUAGGCUAGUUGGAGAGUGCUACGUGCAUGGGAUCAUGAGAGGAGAGGCUGUUCAUGAUGAUCAGAGCAUGGAUGAAAUAGUCUUGAUGUGA